CGCCAACUCAAAAAUAUGGACCCCCGCGGAUCAGCGCUCACUCACCCACUAUCGUCAAUGCUUUUCCUUUUGGUUGCUAAUCAAGCGGACACAUAAAAAGAGGAGAGGUGCCAACUAACUGGCAUGAACCAGCAUCCCCUUCUUUCUUUCUUUCUCUUUCUCUGCCUCUCCUCUUUCACUGUUUCUAUCGUCCCUUUCCUCCAACCGACCACCCCACCACUCUUCUUAUUCUUCUUCUUCUUAUCUACUCAACAAGCCAACACCAUGAACAAGUCUGCUGACCGCGGUUUCUCCAACGACAGCAGUAAGUAUUGACAGCCCACCACCGACUUCUUUGUAAACACUGACCUCAUUUCGGGCUUUUCUUCUCUUUCCAACACUACAUUCGCACAUCUCCCCAUGUAUUCAAUCUAGGCACUCGAUCCUUCCGAAUGGACGAGGACACUGACGAAGAAACCUUGCCUCAAAACGCCUCCGAGACACGCGUUCUACUUCACAACGAGGACCUUAUUCCACGGUAUAUGACUGCCUCACCAUUGCCAUCGGCCCAUCCAUAUGAUAACACACCCAAGGAUUUCUGGAGCUUGCUGCGAAUGCGCACCAAGUACUAUCUCCCGAUACUACAGUGGCUCCCACAAUACAAGUUCCAGCUUUUUCUGGGUGAUUUUCUCGCAGCCAUGACCUUGUCAUGCUUGCUCAUCCCUCAGGGACUGUCGUACGCCACGGCGCUGUGUAAAUUGGAUGCUAUACACGGUCUGACGGGUAUUGCAUUCCCAGCCAUCACUUACGCCAUUUUUGGCAUGUCAAGGCAAAUGUCCGUAGGUCCCGAGGCACCACUUGCAUUGCUUAUUGGUUCUUCGAUCGCUCAGCAGCAGCACCUCCACUCGUCCGAAAUUGAUCCACUUGCAUGGGCUUGUUUGAUGACUCUAUUUGUGGGCCUGUUUACGUUUCUGCUCGGUAUCUUUCGGCUCGGGUUUCUGGACAGUCUUAUGAGUCGAGCUCUGUUGCGCGGCUUCAUUACUGGCGUGGCGCUAGUUGUGAUGGUGCAGCAAAGCAUCAUCCUAAUGGGCCUGGUGGACCGGAGCACUGAAUGGGGCAUCAAUGAAGCAUCUUCGAGUAUUGAACGCAUGGUCUUCCUUGUCCAGAACGUGCAACACGCACAUCCGUUAUCCUCGUGUGUUUCUGGAAUCUCCGUCUUUAUCCUGCUGAGCAUGCGCGUGAUCAAGGCCAAGAUGCCCAACAAACGAUGGAUCCAGCUGUUCCCCGAAGUGCUCAUAGUUGUUAUUGCAUCGAUCGUGAUGACGGAAUAUUUUGAUUGGGAACAGGACGGACUGGAUAUCUUGGGAAAAGCAACAGAAGCGUCGGGCAUUCCGCUUCCGUCGAUCCCGUCAUUCCCUCACAACAAACACAUGAAAGAUAUGCUAGUUACAGCUGCCAUGAUUGCAGUCAUUGGAUUUGUCGAGUCGGUCGCCAUCGCAAAGCAGUACUCGAGUCGCCACAACUACACCGUCAGCCCCAAUCGGGAGCUUGUUGCGCUCGGAGUUGCCAAUGUUGUCAGCGGACUGUGUCAAGGCAUACCCGCUUAUGGUUCCAUUUCACGGAGCAAAAUUAACGACAAGGCAGGUGCAAGGACCCAGAUGGCCGGUCUGCUUGCAGGCGUGAUCGCGUUGCUGGCUAUCUUGUUUUUGUUGCCAUGCUUCUACUAUCUGCCCAAGGCUGUAUUGUCGUCGAUCAUUUUCGUGGCCGUACUGUUCUUGCUGGCGGAGCUGCCUGAAGACCUGCAUUUCAUCUUCAAGAUCGGUGCGUGGCGAGACUUGGGCCUGUUGCUGGUUACGUUCCUCGCAACCAUGAUCAUUUCCUUAGAGUUCGGUACCUUGAUUGCUGUAACUUUAUCUUUGCUCCUGACCAUAAGGGAAACCAGCUACCCACGCAUCUCUAUUAUGGGUCGCGUCAAAGGAACCAAUAAUAAGUUCAAGCCUAUCCGUGAUGACCCGGACGAGAUUGAGCAUUUGGAGGAUGUGUUGAUUGUGCGUGUGGAAGAGCCCCUGUUCUUUGCCAACACGGGUCAGCUCAAGGACAGGUUGCGCCGUCUGGAACUGUUUGGCGACAUGUCGAUCCAUCCCUCCGAAACCCCGCGUCUAAGUGACUCUUCGUACAUUAUCUUUGAUGUCGGCAGUAUGCCAUACAUUGAUGCGAGUGCGGUUCAAAUUCUGCUGGAGAUCGUACAAGCGUAUCAUGCUCGUAACGUGGCGGUGUACUUUGUCAAGGUGCGGGACCGAGCCUUGAAGUUGUUUGAAGCGUCUGGAUUGCUCCAGCUGGUUGGGGAGUCGCAUUUAUACCGCAAAGUAUCCGAUGCCAUUGAAGCUGUUGAAAAGGACCGCAUGCAGAGAUAUGGAACUCUUGUUCAAUAAUAGCAAACGAAUGUGCUGCAUACCUUUCGCCCUACUCAUUCCCUUUGUUAAAUUGUUGAUAUACCCUUCUUAUUACAAACUACUUUUUACUCUUCCAUUAUUCUCCCUCUUUCCUCUUAUCGAUUCACACACUUACGUUCGUUUUUCGUUAUCCUCAUCUUCUUUUUCAUUUUUUCCAAUGGUUGGUUCGAAAACCGUGUCAAGGCAUGAUGAGCGUUCUUCUUGCUGCAUGCGUUAGCGGGCCGCCGUCCCUGUAUAGAUACAUUUCUUUUUUCCUUCACCGGUAGAACAUAUCAGGCAAUGAUAUUUAUAUAUCCAAAUAUAUAAAAAAAAUCAGACAUCAUGCAGUGCAUGUAACUACAUAUAACGC